AGGAGCUUCCAACACAGAUAUUUUAUUCCCCCCUUCCCCCACCCCCUGAAGAUAAAGCCUUACUUUAAGCAUUCAUCCUUUGGAUGUGUCUAAUGAUGAUGGAGUUGGAUGAUGAGGUAAUUAAAAAGGAAAAAAGUGAAUAGCAAUGCGUGGAGAGGGGUGAUGGGUACAUCAUGAAUACAGGAGAAGGUCUCAGAUCUGAAAUCGGGGGAGUGCAGAGCGUGUGCGUUUCCAUCUGAUGGCUCACAGCAGCGUGUGCUGCCCUUCUCUCCGGCAGAGGUCACGGAGUUGAUGGAAUCGGGAGCUGCCCGGAGCACAAUGCCCUUCCCUGCCCCUGGCCUUGGCAAGUGGUGAGCCGCUCAUGUCCAUAAGGAGGAAGGAUGGCUCAUGGAAUUCCCUCACAAGGCAAAGUUACCAUCGCGGUGGAUGAGUACAGCUCCAACCCGACGCAGGCGUUCACGCACUACAACAUCAACCAGAGCCGCUUCCAGCCUCCCCACGUGCACAUGGUGGACCCCAUCCCGUAUGACACCCCGAAGCCCGCCGGCCACACGCGCUUCGUCUGCGUCUCGGACACGCACUCGCGGACGGACGGCAUCCAGAUGCCUUACGGGGACAUCCUGCUCCACACGGGCGACUUCACCGAGCUGGGGCUGCCCUCCGAGGUCAAGAAGUUUAAUGACUGGUUAGGAAACCUACCAUAUGAAUAUAAAAUAGUGAUUGCUGGGAAUCAUGAACUGACAUUUGAUAAGGAAUUCAUGGCAGACCUUGUUAAACAAGAUUACUACCGCUUUCCCUCUGUGUCCAAGUUGAAACCAGAGGACUUUGACAAUGUUCAGUCACUGCUGACAAAUAGUAUUUACUUACAAGAUUCAGAGGUAACAGUUAAAGGAUUCCGAAUAUAUGGUGCCCCGUGGACACCAUGGUUUAAUGGAUGGGGCUUUAAUCUACCCAGGGGUCAGUCUUUGCUAGACAAGUGGAACCUCAUUCCUGAGGGAAUUGAUAUACUAAUGACACAUGGACCUCCCCUUGGAUUUCGAGACUGGGUUCCCAAGGAGCUGCAGAGGGUGGGCUGCGUGGAGCUGCUGAACACGGUGCAGAGGCGAGUCAGGCCCAAGCUCCACGUCUUUGGUGGGAUCCAUGAAGGCUAUGGCAUCAUGACCGACGGCUACACCACCUACAUCAACGCCUCCACCUGCACAGUCAGCUUCCAGCCCACCAACCCUCCCAUCAUCUUCGACCUUCCAACCCCUCAAGGAUCCUGAAGCACUACUGGGGAAGGUCUAUAAACUGCCAUUUUCUAAUUGCAAAACUUACAUUCAGUUACGUGUUUAUUU